AUGGCUCAAACCAGUCUAAGCCAAGGAGACUGGUGCGAUGCCCUUAAGCAACUAAUAACUGUAAAGUUCCAUGGAAAGUUUGGUAAUGCACCUCAACUUCAAGACACCCUUUACUGGAACCUGAUUUUCCUGCAUGAGACCCAUCCUUAUUAUAACCUCACAGUAAAAGUCCUCAGAGCCAGAAAUAUCCAUGGUCUAGAUUUAUUAUCUAAAGCAGACUGUUACGUGGCACUGAAACUUCCUACAGCAUUUCCAUUGGUAAAAAGAACCCCAGUUGUCUAUAACUCCAGUGAUCCAGAGUGGAAUGAAAUCUUUGAAUACAAAAUCCAUGGUGCUGUAAAGAAUAUCCUGGAAUUAACCUUCUAUAACAGAGACAUUGUGCUGAGCAGCCUAAGCAAUCAUGCUACUUCCAUUACUUUUGAUACAGGGAAUAUUGUCCCAGGGGAGAUUUUGAAUCAUACAUUUGCAUUAAAUUCCCAGGAGAAAAGGGCAGAACUGGAUGUUCAAUUUUCCUUGGAAGAAAGGUGA